CACUUCCCAGUUAAACGUGGCCGCCUCGUAGCAAGGAGUGGCAUCCGAGCGAGCGUCGCGAGCUGUCAAGCUGUGUGCUGGCCCUGAAUAGCUCAAGUGUGUGCUAACGGGGAGAGCUUUUAAUCGGCCGUCGCGCAGCUGAUCGCUUAAAUGACUCGGCGGGGUGAUUUUUGAGCGCGCGUAUCCGAUUUAAUUAAGUUUGUCAAAAAGUAAAGUUCUUCUAAAUCGGAAACCGCCGGUGUCAAAGAAAGAGAAAGAGAGAGUCCGUUUUUGUGAGGCGGCGAGACAGAAAAACAUGUCGUCCUCGGGCGAUUUCGGCAACCCGUUGCGGAAGUUCAAGCUUGUCUUUCUGGGCGAACAGAGCGUUGGGAAAACAUCACUUAUUACACGGUUUAUGUAUGACAGCUUCGAUAACACGUACCAGGCUACGAUAGGUAUAGACUUCUUAAGCAAAACUAUGUAUCUUGAGGAUAGAACUGUAAGACUGCAGCUAUGGGAUACGGCGGGGCAGGAACGGUUCCGUUCUCUGAUACCCAGUUACAUCAGAGACUCCACAGUUGCCGUCGUUGUUUACGACAUUACCAACGCAAAUUCGUUUCACCAAACAUCCAAGUGGAUAGACGAUGUGCGGACUGAAAGAGGAAGUGAUGUGAUAAUUAUGCUAGUGGGAAAUAAAACAGAUUUGAGUGAUAAGAGACAAGUUUCGACGGAGGAAGGCGAGCGGAAGGCGAAGGAACUAAAUGUGAUGUUUAUCGAAACUAGUGCUAAGGCCGGCUACAAUGUUAAGCAGCUGUUUAGAAGAGUAGCGGCGGCUCUGCCGGGUAUGGACUCCACCGAGAACAAGCCACCCGAAGACACUGUCGACUUGCAGACCCAAUCAUCGACGCAGACCGGUUCCGAAUCGGAGGGCGAGAGCGGAUGCAUUUGCUAGGGAGAUUCAUCGUCAAUAACCAAAGAGAGUGCAGGAAAAGCGGAAAAAUCGCAGUCAAUCUCCCGAUACGAAUCAUCAUACUAUUGCGAGACGCUGCUGGCUUCUUCUGACGUCGUUAAGGGAACAGGGGCUCUUUGUCGCCGACCUCGGGCCCUAAGUAUCGUUUCAAGUGCUACUAGACGAACUCGAGCGAUAUUUAAUACCUCUUGCUAUAUAUAUUUGCAUUGUUUUCGAGCCGGCUUUGUGCGAAGAAAAGAGGAUCGCACCCUUAAUCAGGGUAUUUUCACGUUUAAGCUUGAAACGAUGAUAGCUGCGGAUUCCACGUAAAGUCCUCUGCUCUUUUAGUUAAAACACAUACGCACACAUGUACACACAUACAUUCUUUUGUGUUUUAUAUCUUACAUAUUUGAUAACAAACCUUCGUUGAAUUAAAAUCACAAGUAAUGAAUUUUGUAUUAAUCGAAAAAAAUCUCACAAUUAUUACAAGUAUAAUUGGAAUUUUAUAUUAAUUNAUAAUUUUGUAAGUAUAUGUUAUACUCGUUCGUAGUAUUACUCCAAAGUUAUACAUUUGUGAUAAUUUAUAUUUAUGUUUGUUCAUUUAAUUAUUUUGUUACAAAUUUCGUUAAAAAUCACCGAUAAUUAUGGACACUAAAAAGUUGAGGAGAUCAAAUAAGUAAAAUAGCAAGCAAUAUCUUUCGGCUUCUGGCGAAUCUUACAUAUCACCAUUGUUCGGAAAAAAAAAACCGUUUUUUAAUCUUCGAAAUUGACCCCUUUUAUCUGCAACGUAAACUCUAACUAUCGUUAGAGAAGAUUCGGAAAUAGUUUUUUAAUUACGAGUUUUAAAUAAAAUUGAAUUUAACAAAAUUAGUUCAAAUUGAUUAUAUUAAUCCAAAAAUUAAAUUUUCUUCUUACGCAAAGAGCGAUUAUGAUUAAAAUUUGCAAUAUUGUCAAGUAUAAGAUUAAAUGAUUGCUGUGGAGAAAAAGGGUUAAUUUGUCAUCUGGCCUGCGAUUAGUGGAGAUCAUCGUGCUACAUCCUUCCAAGUUUAAGCACACACAUAUUGUCUCUUUGUUCAGAGAUUCUGUAUGUAAACAAAAAAAACGCACACCGAAGCUUGCGGAAGGAUAGUUUGUUUGUGUAUUUAAAAAAAAAAAACAAGAGAAGAGGUAAAAAAACACAGAGACAGCAUUACACGACUGAAAGUAAUCAUUCCUUGGUGGAGUUAAUUAAGUCGCUAAAUAAGCUAAUUACGAUGAGUUCGCGGAGUUUCUUAAAGACAGCACGUUUAUCAGUAAGGUGUUGUUCAUUCGAGGAUAUUUAUAAUGUGUACCACAUAUUACGAAUCUUUAUAGACGUUUUUCGAUAUCUCUUGAUAAUAAGUGAAACUCUACUUGAUAACGAGAUUUAAGUCUGUAGGCUGAACGAAGAAUACGCAAGUGUGCACAAACGACCAAACUCAUUCGUAAAAAAUCCCUUGUUGAUUGCAAGUCACUGCCUUUUAAAUCUCUUUUUUUUUUAUUAAAUGUAUUAAACUAUAUAUUAAUAGAAACGUUACGAAAUUAAAUAGUAUAUGUAUACUAUUUAUUUUAAAA